UUAUUGAAGCCAAAUAAUUCAAACUUUAACCCUUUUUUCCAGGGCUGGUCCAUUUUCACUUCAUCCGUCACCAAGGUGGCUAAGUCGGCCACCGAGAACGCAGUGCGCUACGGAGAGAUCGCCACUCAGAAAGUGUCAGAGAUGGCCUCCACUGUGACUGAGAAGGUGAACAACCGCGGAGGCUGGAGCUCCCUGGGAGGUGCCAGUGAGCUGCGCCGCGCCAGCAACUCGAGCGCACAGCACCAGCCGCAGAGCUACGGAGCCAUGAAGAGCUCCACCUCGGAGCCCUACUCUCAAUGGAACGAACAAAGCCAGCCGUGGAAGGAGUCGGUGACCACCCGUAACAACCUGGAUUCCCGCGACCUGUCGCAGGUCGGAAUCUCCAGCCCGCCGCCCGACAUCAAGAGCAUCACCAUUAAGAAGAAGCCCGACGACGACUCCUGGGACUGGCUGAACAACUGAGCAGGCAGAUGAACUACGCUGACCGAUCAAACUUCAUGGAAUGACUUCACACGCUUCGGACAAUUACCUAAUGUUUAAUUCUUUGUAUAUCCUAUUUACUUUCAAAUCUGCACGGUACAUCUGCAUUUUAUAGUAAAGUUUGCAAUUCAAUCAUUUUGUUCUGCAAAUUAAUUCUGACUUACUAAAUUCGAUUUUAUUGAGAUAUUUUUAUUAGAACCAAUAUUUCUUGCAUAACAUUUAUAUGGUUUUGAGUACCGUGCGGAUUUAACGAUCACGUAGCCUGGCCGAUAUUCUCUUUCAUCUAAUAAUAAGCAGUUUUAAAAUAAGAUUUGUAUGGUGUAAGUCGAUUCGUCGAGUAAGUAGUAUUGCAAUGCUGCUUACGUUAUAUCACGUAGCCAAUAUUCAGCAAGUUUGAUGUCAGUAGAUGCAUAUUAAUAACAGUUUUAUCUCACCGUAAAUGUUAGUAGCUGAUGUGUGUAACGGUCGGCCAGGCUAUUUUAGAAAUUGCGUUAUGAAAUACGAUUUCUUUUUAAUUUGGACUUAAGUUGCAAUGAUGGGCUACAUGGUGGCCAUUUUUAAAUAGUUUAAUGUUUAUCCCACUCUAUUGUAAGCUCGAAAGCAGUUUUACUUGUAUGUAAAAAUCUGUCCAUUUUUUAGAGGUGCGCUCAUUAUUAUUGUAAUCAAAAAGAACAUUAUUUUAUGAGAUAUAUGUUGAUAAAAGUAACCUAUCGAUCGUUAAGUAUAAAACUCUAUUUUGGACAAAUUAUAAUUAAUUUAUAUUCUGCUUUUUCAAAGUAUAGUAUAUUUUACACUAGGAGUUUAUAAUUGUGGAGUUUAUUAGGUUCACGAAUUGAUUUAAUUAAAUAAAGCCUCGUAUCUGUCGCAGCUAGGACUUGUUUAAGUUUAUCAGCUAAUGGAGGUUACUGGAUGUGAUGGAUAAGUUCUUAUUUACCCAAUUGGUUCUGAUCAUACUUAGUUGAAAAUUAGAAAUGGAUCCAUAAAACCAAUAUUCGAAAGUGAAUAAAGUUUGUAGUGCACGAUCAAGGUGCCUAUAAACAUCCCGAAAUUUAAAAACCACAUUAUUUGACAAAUAUGGAGUAGUUUUAUGUAUUUUAUAAAUAUGCGACACAGCUCAAAGUGAGUGCCGGUUCGAGAGGUCGCUAAUUCGAACCCUGUCGACUGCAUUGACUGCUAUAUUAUACUGAUAUCGGUUUCGUGAUGGCGAUUCGA